AUGGUGGACGUUAUAAAAUUUCAACCAUCUGUAUCCAAUACUGCUUCAACUAUUCAAAAUCUUCGAUAUAAAUCGAAUUCUCAACAAUUCAAUUUACCAGGUUUUCUUGCAAAGUGUUAUAUUUUUGUUGAAAAUGAGCCUCUAAAAAAUUUGCCGACAAAACAUUGGAUUGAUCUUUGUCCUCAAAAUCCGUCGCGUCUGCUCGAUGUUUCAAAUCUACCGUAUAGCUUGCAUCGAAAAGUUAUGUAUCAAGAACUAUCUCGUACAUGUACGACAACAAGAAUGGCUCGUUUGAAUGGACCAUUCAAAAGCAAACAACAAUGCAAUACAAAUAAAACUACAACACCAGCAGCAGUAGUUGGCGAAAGCAAUACUACAUCUCAACCGUCAUUUUUGAAUAGUGACGUACAAAGUUGUGAGAUUUUCAAUUCACUUUCAAAAUAUAUUACAGUAAAGGCCGAACCACUUCGUCCGUCCAAUAGUGUCGUAAAAAGUCCAACAAAUACAAUAACUUCAUGGCAAAAAUAUUGGGCGUCAACAUAUGCACAAAGAAGAAGAAAAGAAACGAAUGAUUCUGAUUUUGAAUUAAGUCGUUCAAAAUUUGAGAAAACAAUUCCAGGUCAAACACAGUUUGUUGUUGUUCGUGACGGAAAAUUUCCUAAGAAAAAUGAUCGUCUUAUCAACGAUGAAACAGUAUCGAUGGAGUUAAGUAGUUGCAGUUUAACGAAAGUAUCUACAACAGCUAUGGUUGAUAAAAAAACACACUUAACAGAAGAAAAUGACAUCAAUAGACUAACAAAUCAAGUUUCUUCGAUAGAACUUAUUGGAUCAUCAAUAGCUCCAUCGUCUACUGAAAUGAAUUCUUCUCGUCGUACACUAAAAUCAACAGUCACUGUUCCGCCACCGACAACAGAUAAAAAUGAUGAUAAGUCUCGUCGAAAAAGUUCAUCAUUUGCACGAUUAUCUUCAUCAUCAACAGCAUCAAAUCUGAGAGGUGCGAGUCAAGUAAUCGGAGAAAUAGCUCAUGCUCGAAAUACAGUCGUACCAAUGGCAAACAACGUUUUGCAAAUGUCAGUACUUUCAGAAAAAAACAAGACCAAUAAACAUUCAACAACUAGAUCAAGGUCACGAUCAAAAUCAUCGGAAAAAAAGCUACGAAGAAUUCCGUCAGCACCGAAACGAAAACGUCAAAUGUCAGGAAAUAGAAUUUCAUCUCAUAAAACUAAACAAACACCAUUGUCAGCAGUAAUGCCAGCAACGCCAAGAGCAAAAUAUUCACAUAAUGAAUGGGAUUCACCUUACACCGGUCUUCGUUUUGAUCCACCAACACCACCAUCUUCACCUUCAUUAUAUGUUUUACCUCAAGAUUCCGAUGAAGAAGAUAAUCCUACAUUAUUUGAAAAAUCAGAAAUUUUUGAACAUAAUCCAACUGUUAAAGUAUUAAAAAGAUGCGCUUUUUAG